GCGGCUCUAAAAAAAAAGACAUAAAUAAAUAAGUAAACUGGAUUGUUUAUUUAUUAUUGAAUUGUAAGAGUUUCUUACAUAAAGGGCCCUUAUCAGAUAUAUGAUUUGCAAAAUAUUCGUUGCCCUUUGCUGGAGUUGGGAUAUUUCUGUGAAGUAAGGAUUCAUCAUAUUCUUCAUGGAAAGAUGACCUAGCUGGAUUGGUGAAUUAUGCCUCUACUAUUACUUUAGCUGUUAUUGAAUAUUUAUAAUGUGUGUACAGUUUGUAAUCGUGUGAGGAGAACUUUCUGAAUCCUGAUGUUCUUAUUAUUCAUUUUGAAGUUUUUAAUCUAGUUUGGUUUGUACAUAAUAUGGCAGGCCAUGGAUGUUGUCCUGCUGUUUAUGUACCUCUUGAAGUUAAUAAUGAUGAAUGCAUUUGGCCUUGUUUUGGAAAUAGAGAGAUUUGUAUAGUAUGGAUGUAAUGGUCACAAGGAGUUGGAGUCAUUUAAAUUAAAGGCAGUUUAUUAGACUCACAGACAUAGGGAACAGACCUGGGGUUGCAGUGAGAUGGACUGGGAGUUUGGGGUUAGUGGAUGAAAACCAUUACGUUUAGAACGGGUGGACAAUGAGGUCCUACUGUAUAGCACAGGAACCAUGUCCAGUCUCUUGGGAUGGACCACGAUGGGAGAUAAUGUAAGAAAAGGAAUGUGUAUAUGUAUGACUGGGUCACUUUGCUGUUCAGCAGAAAUUGAUGCAACAUUGUAAAUCAACUAUACAUUAAUUAAAAAACAUUAUGAUCAAAAGAAAAGGAAUUGUAUAUGUAUGACUGGGUCACUUUGCUGCAGUUGGUACAGCAUUGUAAAUCAACUCUAAUAAAAAAGGAAAAAGAUGCUCUGGGCACAAAGUUCAGAAAUUUGUCACUCUGAAAAAGAAGUAAUGGCAGUUUAUGAUGCUAUUUGCAUAAAAUACAGUGACAUAUUUUUCAAAGUGAGGCACAAUGAAAAGAGCAUUGUUGUAAAGGAACCUAAUCUUUAAUCCUGUUGUAGGCGAUUAGCUAGCCGUGACCUCAUACAAGUCAUAUUCAUUUGUUCAACAAAUAUUUAGGAAGUAUGUACCAUGUGCCAGGCAUUCUUUUAGGCGCUGGAAAUUCAGGGGUGAACAGGACCGAUGGGCCCUGCUGUCGUGGAACUUAGAGUUUGCUUAGAAAUUCUGGCGGGUGCUGUGAAGAAGAUGGAGCUCUGUGACGGAGAAUAGGAGGGUGGUGCUAGAACGGAUGUCUUAGGCAGCACGUGCAGAAGCGGGGAGAAUUAGGUGUGUUCUAGGAACCAGAGGGUCAGUGUGACUGAAUGUAUAUACAAGGGAGGACAGUUGUAAAACACUCUCCAGCAUGAGGUAUUUUCAACUCACCAGAUGUUCAUUGAACUUGUGAUCUUAGGUGUCCAAAUUUCAGUGACUCAUAGCAUAUAGCACCUAGCUCAGAAGGCUUACCAUCUAAUUGGGACUAGUAGAUGUAGGAAUAAAAGGACUGGUAAGAGGAGAGAGGAGUGUUAGGUUAUCAGGAAUCAGAAGGCUUUCAGCCCCAAACAAGUUUCUCUAACCCUCACUUUCCUCACCUGUCGAAAGAAAGCUGGCAUAGUGUGAGUGUAUCUUGAGUGCUAAGGGCUUUGCUGUACAUUUGUUCACUUAAUUUUUUUUACAACAACCCUAUCAGGUGGGUGUUCUCCCAUUUUGUCGAAAGAGGAAAGGGAAGCUUAGCAUUAAUUUAAUUGCCCAGUAACUGAGAGCAGGAUUCAAAUGCAUAGCAGGCCAGCAAAUUAUAAAGCUACAUACAGGUGAAAUCUAAUAAUUAAAACGUAGUUGGUAAUUCAAAAUGAUCUGGGCUGCAAACCAAAUGUCUGUACAUAACUGUAGGAUUCAGAUGAGAAUGGACUGAGAGGUCUGGGUAGUGAGGGAGGCACAGGGAAGAGCCAGUGACAAUAAAGGCCGUCCCCAGUAUCUGGACUGCCUUUUCUACUUUUCCUCCCCUUGUGAAAUGUUCACUUAUCUUCUUGUGCCCACGUUCACAUGUAAUCACCUGUGCAUACUUGAGGCAAAGUGAGGUCCUCCUCACUUUAUUAAUGCUUCUGUUUAUAGUAACUUUUUUUUUGGCAAGGACCUUAAGUUCUUGCUCUUCUUUAAAGUAACCCAAACUGGAGUUCCCGUCGUGGCGCAGUGGUUAACGAAUCCGACUAGGAACCAUGAGGUUUCGGGUUCGAUCCCUGGCCUUGCUCAGUGGGUUAAGGAUCCGGCAUUGCCAUGAGCUGUGGUGUAGGUUGCAGACUUGGCUCGGAUCCCACGUUGCUGUGGCCCUGAAGUAGGCCGGCGACGACAGCUCCAAUUUAAUCCCUAGCCUGGGAACCUCCAUAUGCCACGGCAGCGGCCCAAGAAAUGGCAGAGACAAAAAUAAAGCCUCUGAAAUCUCUACCUCAAUCACCAGCAUCUUCUAACUACUUUGUACUUAAUGGAAUUGCAUUUUACCAAUGGAACUGCUUACUCCCUGGGUCUCUGGAGCUUCUUCAUCUUGCAAAACGGAAAUUCUGCACCCAUCGAACAACACCCUUCGCACCCUGGUAGAAAAUGUUGUUAGCCCAAAUAAAUCGAGACUCUCAGGGAAUGACGGAGUUUCCUGGAGGAGGAAUGGAGACUCAGCAUGUUACCUUGUGCCUGACAGAGGCAGUAACUGUGGCAGAUGGUGACAAUCUAGAGAACAUGGAAGGUGUAAGCUUGCAAGCAGUCACGCUUGCAGAUGGCUCUACUGCUUACAUACAGCACAGCUCUAAAGAUGGAAAACUCAUAGACGGUCAGGUCAUUCAGCUGGAGGAUGGUUCUGCUGCCUAUGUCCAGCAUGUACCCAUCCCUAAAAGCACAGGGGACAGUUUGCGUUUAGAGGAUGGUCAAGCAGUCCAGCUAGAAGAUGGCACUACAGCAUUUAUUCAUCAUACCUCCAAAGACAGUUAUGACCAGAGUGCGUUACAGGCAGUUCAGCUGGAAGACGGCACCACAGCGUACAUCCACCAUGCCGUGCAGGUCCCACAGUCCGACACCAUCCUGGCAAUUCAGGCUGAUGGGACAGUGGCAGGUCUGCACACUGGGGACGCCACCAUUGACCCCGACACCAUCAGUGCUUUGGAACAGUACGCAGCAAAGGUGUCCAUUGAUGGGAGUGAAAGUGUAACAGGUUCUGGAAUGAUUGGAGAAAAUGAGCAAGAGAAAAAAAUGCAGAUUGUCUUGCAAGGACAUGCAACAAGAGUAACUGCUAAAUCUCAGCAGAGUGGAGAGAAGGCCUUUCGAUGUGGAUAUGAUGGAUGUGGAAAGUUAUAUACAACAGGCCAUCAUCUUAAGGUCCAUGAGCGGUCACACACAGGGGACCGGCCGUAUCAGUGUGAGCAUGCAGGCUGCGGGAAGGCAUUUGCAACAGGUUACGGACUAAAAAGUCAUGUCAGAACCCAUACAGGAGAAAAGCCAUAUCGGUGUUCAGAAGAUAAUUGUACUAAAUCUUUCAAAACUUCAGGAGAUCUACAAAAACAUAUCAGAACGCAUACAGGAGAAAGGCCCUUUAAAUGUCAUUUUGAAGGCUGUGGGCGGUCUUUUACAACAUCAAAUAUCAGAAAAGUGCACAUUAGGACGCAUACAGGAGAAAGACCGUAUUACUGCACAGAGCCAGGAUGUGGGAGGGCGUUUGCCAGUGCAACCAAUUAUAAAAACCACGUGAGGAUACACACAGGGGAAAAGCCAUAUGUUUGUACAGUCCCUGGAUGUGACAAAAGGUUUACAGAAUAUUCCAGUUUGUACAAACAUCAUGUUGUUCACACUCACUCUAAGCCGUACAACUGUAACCACUGUGGGAAGACAUACAAGCAGAUCUCAACACUGGCCAUGCACAAACGGACAGCCCACAAUGACACCGAGCCCAUCGAGGAGGAGCAGGAAGCCUUCUUUGAGCCUCCCCCAGGUCAAAGCGAAGAUGUUCUCAAAGGGUCACAGAUCACAUAUGUCACAGGUGUGGAAGGAGACGAUGUUGUGUCUACACAGGUGGCCACGGUAACGCAGUCUGGGUUGAGUCAGCAGGUUACGCUCAUAUCCCAGGACGGGACUCAGCAUGUCAACAUAUCUCAGGCUGACAUGCAAGCCAUUGGCAACACCAUCACGAUGGUCACACAGGACGGAACGCCCAUCACGGUGCCUGCUCAGGACGCGGUCAUCUCCUCAGCAGGAACACACUCUGUUGCCAUGGUGACUGCGGAGGGUACAGAAGGCCAGCAGGUUGCAAUUGUGGCUCAGGAUUUGGCAGCAUUCCAUGCUGCUUCAUCAGAAAUGGGGCACCAGCAGCAUAGCCAUCACUUGGUAACCACAGAAACCAGACCUCUGACCUUAGUGGCGACAUCCAAUGGCACCCAGAUUGCAGUUCAGCUUGGAGAACAGCCAUCUCUGGAAGAAGCCAUCAGAAUAGCAUCCAGAAUCCAACAAGGAGAAACGCCUGGUUUGGAUGAUUAACCCUAGAACAACGGAGCAAUAAAUGGGGAGGAGCCUUUCAUCUCCAGGCAGCAGAGAUGCAUGAAGCCCGGGCCCAGGAAGAUGAGAAGUUUUCCAUUCCUGAAACACUGUACACUUUUUUAUGCAAGAGUGAAGAACGUUUUAUUCUUGACACUUUUGUGUAUAUAACCCUUGGAAUAGAUUUCCCAAACUGAUUGUGUACAAGGAAGUAUGAAAUUAGGGCAAUACAGUAAAUUUUUAUGUUACUCUUUUACCAGAUUGCAAGCUCUGAGAGUCCACAUGCAAGACCAAUGGAGUCUUAUGGAGUCUUACGAUGGAUUUUUAACUUCCUGUGAAAAUAAAUAAAGGCUGUAUCUAAAAUGCAAAGGUUCUGUAAGUCAAAACAGUCAUAAUUCCAGAAGCCGUCAUGGGUAAUCAAGGGUGUGAAGCCUGCAGAUACUUCCCUCAGCUAUAGCAGCGUGUCUGCAGUUUCUGUUCUGCUGUAUGGGUGUCCAUUUUUCUUUGUAUCCCACGGUUUGAAGACUAUUCACCAUAGUUUUCCAUCUCUGUUAAAUACCAGCUCUUCAAGCUGAAGUGCUAAUUACAUUAGCAUGACAUUGGAUUAUGUGUAAAAUUACAAAGGUUGGUUAUUUAAAAUUAAAAAGUUAAAUCCAGUACUUUGGUUUUUUAACGAUUUUCCUUAGUGUUCAGUUCUUUGUUACUGUUUUUUGUUUGUUUGUUUGUUUUUUUAAUGAACCAUCAAAAGUUUGACCAUAGGCUGGAGCCUGGGAUGACAGUGCUGUAAUUGGAAAUGGCUUUACUCUGAAAGUUAGGUUAGUGGGUUGGUGUAAAUUAUUUAUUUUUGCUUAUGUAUUUUUGUUUUAAAGCUUAUUUGCCCUAAAGUUUAUUAUUCAUUUUGAAUACAGCAGUUUUUUAAACGGUACCUUUAUAUUUGUAUUAUUAAAUUGGUGUGGAGGGUUGGGGGAAGUGUUGCAGAAAAUGCGACCAAUGCAGUAGACUGUGAUGCAACACACAGAGGUUGAGAGUGUGGGUGUACUGAGCACAAAGUGCGUUCCCUGCGUUUGGAUCUGCGCAUAGCAAUUUUGUGAGCUCUGUGGGAUCGCCUCCUCCCGUUUGUACAUGAAGAGGUCAAGUGUCCACCCAGGACUUUGUCUGUGGGGAGGCAGCACGGAGCCUUGAGAACCCAGGCUUUCUGACCCCAACAUCCAGGCUGUUUUUUUCACCACAGGUGCCUUCUCAAGGGGUUAAUGUGUGGCAGAGAUUAUCAAGAUGAGCCUUGGUGAUUUUCAUUUUUUUGUCUUUUGUCUUUUUAGGGCUGCCCCUGCGGCAUGUGGAGGUUCCCAGGCUAGGGGUCUAAUCAGAGCUGUAGCUGCCGGCCUGCACCACAGCCACAGCAAUGCCAGAUCCGAGCCGUGUCUGCAACCUACACCACAGCUCACAGCAAUGCCAGAUCCUUAACCCACUGACCGAGGCCAGGAAUUGAACCCACAACCUUAUGGUUCCUAGUCGGAUUCGUUUCCACUGUGCCACAAGGGGAACUUCGAGCCUUGGUGACUUCUGGUUGCCCAGUGACCUGAGCACCUGAAAAACCAUCUCUAAUGUCAGAAAUUCAGUGUAGGGUCCACCAAGGUCCAAAAAGAGCUGGGGAGGGUAUGUGCGGGCUGUCCUUCACUAUGCUUUGUUUGCCAGAGAGCUGAAAUGCGGCUGUGUUUCAUUUCAAGCUUUACAGUAAAAAAAAAAAAAAAAAAAA